UGGAAACAGAAGUGAAAAAUUUAUUUAUUUUGAUAUAAUUGUGAAUUACUGAGUGGACAUUGUGUGUAUUUAUUAAAGAUUGGACAUAAUUGAAAGAUAAAUCCAUAAAGUUGUGAAAAUUGACUAGAAUUUUGUGAUAAUUGAUUGAAAUCUUGUGAAAAUUAACAGAAUUCUGAAAUUUCAAUAUAAAACAACUAGUGAAUCAAUCGGUCGCGUUCUUUAAACGUCUUAUCAUGUCUCACGUACGAGAAAUGUCGAAUAUGUUAAUCGGUUCCGUGCUCAGUUCAUUAGGAAACUUAAAACUCUUUGGAUUUGAAGAAAAGAAACGUGAAUCAAUUUUCACGGAACCAGAAGAGGUUGAAACACCGCCCGAGCCAAUAACAACAGAGAAAUUGAAAGAAGUCAACGCAAAAUCAGGAAUGAUUUACACAUGCUUUCCUGAGGCACGCAAUAAGCCUGAAUUUUAUCACUUACCGGACUCUUAUUUUACAUUAUCGCCCAAAGAGAAGCUUGUGCUCGUUUUCGCAGAAAAUUUUCGUCGUCAAUACAAAGAGUUGUUUCCAAAGCGACGUCCUUUGGUGCUGGCUGUUGAAAAUGAAUGCCAUGUGCAAAAAUUUGUCUCAACAACGAUUCGUCCAACGACAUUCAUCGAGUUCCCCGAAUUGAUUGAUAAUUGGCAAGCAUGUGCAAGCUUUGUCGCUGAUCACAUUGUUUAUGAAGCGCUGGAAGGUUCAACAAAUAUCGUGAGUACAAUUCUACCAACGCGUCUUCAUUCACCUGAUAUGGUGCUGAGAUCACGUAAAGGAAAUUCAUUUGAAAUGGCUACGUUGUUGUGUAGUAUUUUAAUAGGAUUUGGCUUUCCUGCCAUGGUCGUUUCGGGAUAUGCAACACGUGAAGUUACAACGAAUGAUCAACGACGUGUAAAAUGUCCUUAUAUACCUGAAGAUAAGGUUGAGGAUGUUGUGGAAGAGGAACUUGAUGCGAAAUAUAAAUUAAAGGAUCCACCAUUUCUUAAAAGUCGAUUUUUGAUUCAAUGUGAACAGAAGGAAGCAGAUGUACAGAAUGAAGUAAUAGCUGAGAAACUGAGGGAAGAACAAUUAAAAUUGGAGGAAUUAGAACGACCAGAAAUUGAUCCUGAGCUUGGCUUUCGUAUUCAUUCUUGGAUUGUCAUGAUUAAGAACUCUCCAUGGUGCUUCAAGCCUGAAUUCGCAACACCUCAAAAUAUAGACGAAGAAGAACUGGAAAAUGCUGAACCAAAAGCAUUUUUUAUUGAACCAUCAACAGGCUUCAUGCAUGAUUUGACUGACAUUAACUAUCUUGGGAUCGAAAGCAUUUGGAAUCAUCAAAAUUAUUAUGUAAAUCUACAAUAUCCAAACACACCAAUUCAUGAGAUGAAAUGGGAUGUGUCUGAUAAUCAAAAAUGGGAACAUUUCCUGCCCGGCGAGCCAUUUGAGUUGAGAAAAGAAAAGAAACCGGAUGAUGAGGAUGAAGAUCAGCCAACAGAGAAUCAAAUUUUGGCAAUUGAGAAACAUCUUGAUAUGCCAUUUUCAUGGGUUGACAUGUUGCACAUUAGUGCUGUUGAUUUUGAGGAAAGAUAUUUUAAUGGCGAAAAGAAGGAACAUUAUAAAUAUGUAGUUUAUGAAAAGUUUGCUCCUUAUAAGAAUGAAGACGGUCUUAUGAAGCGCUUGACCAUCUUUAAAACUCUCGAAUAUGAAAAUCCAUUGCACAUCUACGAAUGGUACGAGAAUCGUGAAGAUUUUAUGAAAACAAUUCAACGCAAUUGCUGCACGACUGAAAUAAUUGAGGAAUUUGAUAAAGGAAGAGUCGAUUGCUUGAAGACAUUUGUUCAUUAUCCUGACGAGACGAGAGAAGUCGUCUUGAAGUUUUUCUCAAAAAGUCGAUUUGAUUGCAUGAGGCAGGCAGCUUUUCAUUCAACUUAUAUUGCUGAGUUUUAUGACGAAAGGCGACGCGAUUUAAUAUAUUAUCGAAAAUUCUUCAUCAACGGCAGCUCAUCAGCAAGAAACGUCGAGAAAAUCAUUGAAAAAUACAGCCGCAAUGAAAAUAAAGACGCCUAUCACGAUGUCGCCAUACGUCAUUUUAAUCGGAGCGAGAAUGAAAUUUUUGUUCAAUUUCAUUAUGACGAAGAUGCAAUAACGGCUACGACAAAAACUUUCAUUAAACCACCACGCAGCGAGAAGGAAGCAAAAUUCAGUGAGAAUAGUGUGAGAGGCUAUGUUGCAAAUCCAUGGGAAUCUCAAAUGAAUAAUUUAGAAAUGUUCUAUUUGCUGCAAGAUUUAAUGAAAUGCGAGGAGAAAUCUGUCGACUGUUUUCAUGCUCGUGAUACAGAAAUAAAGGAGAUUUUAGAGGCUCGGAAGGAGCAAAUUGCGAAUCCGUUAUUGAAAUUUAGUAUUUUUGAUCCAUUAAGGAAUGAUUCAGCAAGAAAAAUGAGGUUGCAAAGGUUUGAGCAAAUGAAAACACGUGAAAUGCUCGCAAAAAGUCAGCAGGCAGACUUUCUCGCACCCUAUCUCGUACGUUUCGAGGAUAAAAAACCGCAAGAUAAUGAAAUUGAAAUUGCCAUUCACGACUGCUUGAAAGAUUUCAAGAAAAAUUAUGAGGAAAUGAUAAAUGAACUUCAACAUCGAUAUGAUGAGUCAACGGCUGAAUUAAAUUCACUCAAGCGUUUUCUUCAUCGCUAUAUGGAUCAAUUUUCUAUUCAAGAAUACGAUAAAUUCAUACAGGAAGGCGAGAAUAUUGAACGUUAUCGCAAAAUGAUUCAGCAACGAAUCAACGCCGUAAAAGAGGAAUCAUCAAGAAAAUUCGGAAAUUUAGUUGACUCAAUUCCAGGUCGCUUGGAGCAAAUUAAGAAGAAUCAAGGUGUUUCAGUGUCAAUUGUUGAUAAUUGCGAUGAUUGAGGAUGACUUUGCUGUGUGAACUGUUUUUUUUUUGAGACUUUGGAUUCAUUGAGGAAUAAAAAUUUAUUUUUGUGAGUUUUUGUAGUUUUUUUUUUCAUG